UCAGGUUGCGCACUUCACGACUCCUUUCUUUUUUGAUCAGUUGGAAAGUUUGCAUGCAGGCCUUAAUGGCGUUCUUCCUCCUGAUAUUAGGGUGAGAGAGGUAGCUGCAGUGAAAACUGAUUUUCAUGCACGAUAUUCAGCUUUAAAGAAAACUUAUCAUUACAAGAUAUACAAUGAUGCUAUUAUGGAUCCAUUUCAAAAUCUUUAUGCAUACCACUUUGCCCACAAGCUCAAUAUUGAUGUCAUGAGACAGGCUGCCAAAUAUUUCAUUGGGCAACAUGACUUUUCUGCCUUUAUAACAAUGUCACGAGGAGGUUUACCUACAGAUCCCAGGAGGGAGAUUUUUCGGUUUGAUGUAGUUAAAAUGGUCACGUUCUAUUUGACCUAAGCUGGAUCUUGUAUGGAGUGUGCACAUGGCACAAAUGAUAGGAAAUGCAGGUUUGAAAAGUAAGCUUAGGUUAUCAAGGCUGUGUGCAUGAUUAGUAAAGAAUGGUUAUGAGAUCUUUAGCUGCACGUGGGAUAUUUGGUAGUGAAGCCAAAAAUGUGAAACUAGAUGCAAGAAGGUUGGUAUAUGUGGUGUGAACACCAUAGGCAGCAUGAGAGAGUCCACAAGAUUAGUAUAGAGAAUUGGUUUUAUUGAUAUGAUUGUUGCUAGCAAAGCAGUGAAUUCCAUUUGCACAAGACAGCGUUUAAUAGAAGAGAAAGUACACCAUUGUCAUGCUUCUAUAUAAGGUGUGAAUACUUCAAGCAUGCACACAAGCAACCUGUUAUGACAGAUGCUAGGCACAUUAAACCUUCUAUGGGCAGGCACAUAUUUGUAUGUGCAGUGAAAGUAUUCUAAGAAUAAAAGUGUGCAAGGCACAAAAAGAAUAUACAUGGAAGAUGCUGUGGAAAGGAGGCUGACUAACCUCCAUAUGCUCUUUUCUAUUCUGAUUGCACUACCUUUUGGUAUAGUGCAAUGAAGUUUCAGAAUCAUUUCAUUAAAUUUACUUUGUUACAGUAUGUUUGUGAUCAGCGCACAAUGGUUUGGGAUUUAGCUUUUGGUGUUCCUUUUGACUUGGUGGACCCAUUGGACUAUGAUUUAUUUGCCAAUAUUUGUUGUGAUAGCGACUUGAGUAGGACACACGAUGAACGAAAUGCUGCGCAUGAGGGUCCUAGAUUUGCUUGCCAUGUGAGUUGUGAGUUUUGAUCUUGAUUGACAACACAGAGUACCGGGAGUUUUUGCAACAACAUUUCAGAGCUGGCAGAUAAAUUUUUAGAGUGGGUACUUUGGUUUGAUUUUUUGGGAUAUUUUGCCAAAUUGCAUUCAUUUAUUGGUUUGUUAGAGCACAGAUGCAAAUUGCAUUAAAGAGAUGGGUUUUGCAUGAAUUUGGAGGUGUGCUCACUAUUGUCAGACAUUGCAGAGUUUUGCAUCCAUAGAUUGUUCUUCAGGAAUUUCAAGAGUAAUAUACAUAAUUUGUGCCAAGAGAAUGUUGGCACCAAAAGUGGCCAUAAGGAA